CUCAUUUACUUACGCUGGCAGAAGUUAACACUUCACAUACAAACCUGAACACACAGAGGUAAGAACACAUGUCUUCAAAACAGCUAAGUCAACUCCACUCCGAAAUGGAGAAAGUUAGAAAUCUCAGGAAACUGAGCGAAGGCGAGAGAAGAAAAGAGCUCCAGAAAGAGAUGUUUAGAGAGCUGAGAGAGAUGGAAAUGGAGCGUCAAGCAACAGCCGAUCAGGAAGCAGUGGAGAAGAGAAGGAGGGAACAAGAAGAAAGGGACAAAGCAGCUGAAAGAUUGCGAAUGGAGAAGGAGAGACUUCAGGAGGAGAGGAGGAGGCAGGAGGCCAAAUGGAGGGAAGAGGAGGAGAAGGCGGCUGGUGAAGUAAAGGCCUUAGAGGAACAGAGAAAGCACCAACUGGAGCAAGAGAGGUGCCAUUGGCUGACAGUGAUGACGGUGGAGGAGAAGCCAAUCACAGGGUCCAGAUUCAUGGUGCGUGACCUGAAAGAGGAGCAGCAGCAGAGCAGGUACAGGCAAGCUGAGCUUUGCCGCCUGAGAAAAGAGGAGGACAGAGCCAGGUCUAAGUGCCUGCUGAAGGCCCAGCAGAGAAGAUGCAUUCAGUUCAACAACUGGGCUGGAAAUCAGAGAGCGGGCGGUGAGCCUGGUGAAACGGACCUCCACCCAACCGGCCGCACAAACACCCCGCCAUCUGAGAGAGUCGGCCUCAAGUGUGAAAAAACACCAAGAAGCUCGGAGUCCCUGCUGUGGCAGAAGGUGAAGCUGGGACUGAGACCCUUGUUGGAGAAGUACAGAGAUGAGUUGGAGAGGAAGAGGGAGGCUCGCGGUCUUAAAGCUGAGGAGCAGUACUCGAAGUGGACCGCCUCCAAAGAGAGACAGCACUUUCUGUUCGAGCAGUUUGACUGCUACACUGAAGGCUUCAACAUGUCCAGAAACAGCAUCCUCAAGAAAGCCUUCUGCUAAAU